AGGCAGAUACUGCUGUCCUAUGAAUUGUCAGUGGAGUCUAUUAAAGAUCCUUAUCGAAGACAGAGGUUAAUGAGUGCAGCCACUGUUAUUACAGAUAAUUUGCAACUGCAAGAGUCAAAACUGAAAUGCCCUUCCUUAUGCAAACGUUUUGCUCGGAAGUAUCUAAUUUGGAAUUGUUGUCCAUUCUGGAGAGUAGUCAAAGAGAAGGUGAAAUUGGUAAUUUUGGAUCCAUUUGUUGAUCUCUUAAUCAUGGUUUGCAUUAUCGUCAAUACCUUAUUCAUGGCUCUGGAGUAUCCUGACAUGCCAUGCAAUUACCAACAAAUGAUUUUUAUAAGUGACAAGGUCUUCACCCUCAUUUUUACAGCAGAAAUGGUCUUGAAAAUCAUCGCUCUAGAUCCUUACAACUAUUUUCAGCAAAAAUGGAAUAUUUUUGAUAGCAUUGUUGUUAUGAUUGGCCUAAUAAGCUUUAAAGAAAAUCUGUCAUCUUUCAGGCUGCUCAGGAUCUUCAAAUUGGCAAAGUCCUGGCCAGCCUUAAAUACUCUUAUGAAAAUAAUUCUAAAUUCAGUUGGUGCUCUGGGUAACCUCACUCUGGUUUUGAUUAUCACUGUAUUUAUUUUUGCUGUAGUAGGAAAGCAGGUUUUGGGCAAUUAUUAUGAGAAUUAUUACUAUAAAAUAAACACCAAUGAGAAUUUACGCUGGCAUAUGAAGGAUUUUUGUCAUUCAUUCCUGAUUAUAUUCCGAAUAUUAUGUGGAGAAUGGAUUGAAACCAUGUGGGAAUGUAUGGAAGUGGCUGGAAAAGGACUGUGUCUUCCCAUUUUCUUGCUAGUCCUGGUGAUAGGAAACCUGGUGGUGCUCAACCUAUUCAUUGCCUUGUUGCUGAGUUCGUUCAGUACUGACUCCUCAAUGGGACAAGAGGAAGCCGGACAAAUGACUAAAUGUCAGGUUGCCAUUGCACGGAUUCACAAGGGCCUGCAGUCUGUGAAGGGCAGAAUUUGGGAACGCUGUGGCAAAAUAAUGAAACGAAACCUCAAAACAACAGCCAAAAAGAAGACUUUGGUGAAAAUUUCUACCAAAGACAAAGAGGAAAAUCACUAUGCCAUGACUGAUGUCAGAAAGGACAUAGACCACAAUUGCUUUGACAAUUAUUACAAUACUGAAGAGAGUUCCUCAAUAACAAGGAAAUAUGAAGAAUAUUUAACUAGUCGUAGCACCAGUGUUCCCAUUGCAUUAGCAGAGACUUACACUGAUGAAGGUGAUGAUGAGCACAGUGUAUGCACAGAAACAGAAUACAGAAAACGGGGAGACAGAUUAAGACAUAGAGAGCAGUGCCAGAGUUCAAGCAGCUUCAGUCAGAUUUCUGGGACUUCUGAAACUAUAAGUGGUUUUUCAGAAACACUCCAGAAGAAAGAGCAAAAAGAGAAAUGUGAUGUUGGUAGCUAUUCUGAAGCCAGCACUGUGGAUCCAGUUAUUCUUCUGGAGGUGUUUUCCCAGCCUAAAAAAAAGUCACACAUACCUAAGGACUGUUUUGCAGAAAGUUGUGUUGAGUAUUUCCCGUGUUGUGUAGUGGAUAUCACUAAGUUUCCAGGCAGAACUUGGUGGAACUUUAGAAAAACCUGCUACAGAAUUGUUAAACAUAGCUGGUUUGAAAAUUUUAUAAUUUUUAUGAUAAUAUUGAGCAGCGCAGCACUGGCAUUUGAAGAUAUUCACCUGCAGGAGAGAAAAAAUGUGAAAAUGCUCCUCGAGUAUGCUGAUAAAAUAUUUACCUACAUCUUUUUAAUGGAGAUGCUUCUAAAAUGGGUAGCUUAUGGUUUGCACAGUUAUUUCACAAAUGCCUGGUGUUGGCUUGACUUCAUCAUUGUAUGUGUAAGUAUUACAUUCAGCAUGUCUUAUAUUUUGAAUUUUGAUAUUUUUGCCCUGAAAUCUCUCAGAACUCUUAGGGCAUUGAGGCCUCUACGAGCUUUGUCAAGAUUUGAAGGGAUAAAGGUUGUUGUGAAUGCACUCUUGGGAGCUAUCCCCUCAAUCUUGAACGUUUUGCUCGUCUGUGUUGUCUUCUGGCUCCUAUUUAACAUUGCAGGAGUAAAAUUACUUGGAAAAAAAUUUUCAAAAUGUGUACUCAAGAAAGGAAAUAUCAGUCAAAUUGAUAACAAAUAUAAUUGCACUUCCUCUGGUGGAACAUGGACAAAUAAUGAUGUAAACUUUGAUAAUGUUGCGAUGGGAUACUUGGCUCUUCUCCAAGUGGCAACUUUUAAAGGUUGGAUGGAUAUUAUGUACGCAGCAGUGGAUUCACGUAAGAUAGAUGAACAGCCACAGUUUGAAGCAUUCUUAGCCAUGUAUAUGUAUUUUGUGAUUUUCAUUAUUUUUGGAUCUUUCUUCAUGCUGAACCUUUUCAUUGGAGUGGUUAUCAGCAAUUUUAACCAACAAAGGAAAAAGAUAAGUGGAAAAGAUCUGUUUUUGACUGAGGAACAGAAAAAGUACUAUAAUGCCCUAAAAAAACUUGGAUCCAAGAAACCUCAAAAACCCAUCCCAAGACCAUUGAACAUGUUCCAAGGAUUACUGUUUGAUAUAGUAUCACACAAAGCAUUUGACAUUACUGUUGUGACUUUCAUCUGUCUAAAUAUGGUCAUUAUGAUGGCAGAAAAUAGCCAAAACGGCAUCAAGGAUAUUCUUAAUAAAAUCAACUAUUUUUUUGUGGCGGUAUUUACUGGGGAAUGUGUCAUAAAAAUACUAGCGCUAAGACAUUACUUCUUCACCAGUGGCUGGAACAUAUUUGAUUUUGCUGUUGUGGUCCUUUCACUAGUUAGUAUUGGACUUUCUGAAGGCUUUCGAAGUUCGUUCUCUCCUACACUUUUGAGAAUUUUUCGUUUGGCACGAAUUGGACGAAUCCUGAGAUUAAUUCGAAAAGCUAGAGGAAUUCGCACUCUUCUUUUUGCAUUACUGAUGUCUCUUCCUGCACUGUUCAACAUUGGUCUUUUGCUUUUUCUUGUUAUGUUCAUUUAUGCCAUUGUGGGCAUGACAAACUUUGCCUGUCUUGGCUGGGAAGGUGGGAUUGAUAAUCUUUUCAACUUUCAAACCUUUGAUAGUAGCAUCCUCUGUCUCUUCCAAAUUACAACAUCAGCUGGCUGGGAUGGUCUUUUGGUCCCUCUGUUAAAAGAAUCUAAUUCAUGUGCUCCCAACUUAAAUUUGACAGAUGAACAGAAAAAAAAUUGCACAAAUAAGGGGGUUGGUAUUUUAUUUUUUGUAAGCUAUGUCAUUAUAUCAUUUCUCAUUGUUGUAAAUAUGUACAUAGCUGUUAUUUUAGAGAACUUCAGUGUUGCCACUGAAGAAAGCACAGAUCCUCUUUGCGAGGAUGACUUUGAUAUGUUUUAUGAGACCUGGGGAAAAUUCGAUCCUCAGGCAACACAGUUUAUUGAAUAUUCUGCUCUUUCAGACUUUGCAGAUGCUCUGGCAGAACCCUUACGCAUUCCAAAGCCCAAUAAAAUUCAGCUCAUAUCCAUGGACCUCCCUAUAGUUAGUGGAGAUAAGAUCCACUGCUUAGAUAUCUUACUUGCUUUCACUAAAAGGGUCUUGGGAGAAUCUGGAGAUUUGGAUGGUCUUGAACUACACAUGGAAGAAAAAUUUAUGGCUGCCAAUCCAUCUAAAGUUUCUUACAAGCCAAUUACUACUACCCUUAAAAGAAAACAAGAGGAGGUAUCUGCUCUCAUUAUUCAAAGGGCCUUCAGGAGGCAUUUGAUGGAGCGUUCUUUUAAAAAUAAAUCUUUCUUAUACCGUCGUAAACAUUAUAACAGUGCUGUCUUUGAAGAAGAAACACAUGAGAGGGAAAGUCUUAUUGCAUCAAUGUUUAAUAAUAAUCAUGGUAGGAAGCUAGAUAAAUCACGGACUACAUCUUCCAUAUCUCUUCCUUUAUUUUAUGAUGGUAUUGCUGAAACAGAUAGCGAUAAUGUGGACACAUAA